ACACACACACACACACACAGUGGGUGGGUGAAGUCGACUUUCCAGAAACUUUUUGCCGUUUUCUGUUUUUCAGUUUGACUUUGAGUUGUUGUGUGAGGACAGAGUCAUCAUGGUAACCACUGAGACCCACCAGAGCCAGGACCUACUAGUCCCAUCCCAGAACCAGGACCAACUGGACCAGCAGGACCAGCAGGAUGAGAACCAGACCUCCCCUGCGCCAGCCCUGGCAGGAUUCGACCCAGAGACAAUGAGUCAGGGUCCCGUAAACGCCAUCACGGUCCUCACACUGCUCGACAAACUGGUCAACAUGUUGGACGCCGUGCAGGAGAACCAGAACAAGAUGGAGGUGCAUCAGGUGGAGAUGGAGGGCGUGGUCAGAGGGAUCCAGGCUGACAUGACCAAACUGUCUAAGAGCCACAGUCACACCUCCAACACGGUCAGCAAACUGUUGGACAAGAGCCGGAAACUGUCCGUCACCAUGAAGGAGGUUCGUGAUAAGAUGGAGCGCCAAGGUGUCCAGGUGAAGAAGCUGGAGGCGAACCACGCCCACCUGAUCAACAGGAACAACUUCAAAGUCCUCAUCUUCCAGGAGGAGAACGAGAUCCCAGCUAGCGUUUUUGUGAAGGAUCCUCCUCCGUUUCCUCGUGAUGAGAUUUUGGAAGAAGGCGAUGAAUCAGCACCGGGCAUCGUCAAUGGCAACCGUUCCCUGGAGGGUGGGCUUCAGACCAUCGACCUAUCAUCUGAUGAGGAUGUCGGGCUGGAAGCAGAACUAGACGAAGAGGAGGUGUGGCCUCAGGAUCUGGAGAACAUGGAGAAAUCCAGAGCGGAGAAACUGAAACACUCCAGUUUGAAGAAGGUCGACAGUCUGAAGAAGGCAUUCUCCAGGCAGAACAUUGAGAAGAAGAUGACGAAGAUUGGAACAAAGAUUGUUUCUCAAGAGCAACGAGAGAAGAUCAAACAGAAAACUUCCAGCCUGAAGGUUUCACCUCUGACAUUCAGCAUCAGGAAGCCUCGCAGCAGCUCCGACUCUCAACCCCACGAAGCUUCCAUUCAGACCGGAGAGUCGGUCAUCACUGAGGCUGAUGUCCAGCUCUCCCCGCUGGGCAGCACCGACCAGGAGGUCCCCUUCACAGAGGUCCACGCCCAGCUGGCUCCAGCCGAGCAGGAGGAGAAAGAGGAGGCAAAAGAGGAGGAGAUGAAAGAGGAAGAGGAGAAAGAGGAGAAGAUGAAAAAGGAAGAAAUGAAAGGGGAAGAGGAGGAAGAGGAGGAGGAGGAGAGGGGAGGUGAGGAGGCAUCCGGUGGGGAGGCAGAUGUGUCGGUGGAUUUAGAGGGAGUUAGUCAGGAGUAUGCUCUGUCCUCCACCCUGCGUCAGGAGGAGAAAGAGGAGGAGUCCUAACAACUUCCGGAGGUUCCUCAACAUAAAAUGAAAAGAUCUGAGGAGAUGAUUCAACAUUUACUUAUGUCUUCUUUGUCUUUGAGAUGUUCAUUUCAAUGAAAUCAGCAAAGAGACAAAGAAGUUUCACUAAAUGCUGAACUGAUCCUUUGUAGUUAAACAAAGGUUCAUUCCAGACUUCAUCUGUGCUGAUGUUUAAUUUCUUUACAUGUGACAUGAAAACUACACAUCUCCACAAUAUCAACGUUUCAUGAGCUGAAGACAAAAAAACACUGACAAGUAGUUUUAGGUUAAAGCUUUGUAUGAAGUCGGAGAACUUUAAAGUUCUUCAACUGAUGAACAAAAUAAAACUAAAACUUUGGAGAUGUGUGGUUCUUAGUUGACAUGUUGAACGUUUAGUUUUUUAUGUUUAUUCUUGUUUUAUUCAAAAACAGCUGACUCAUAUAAUCACAUCACUAAUAAUCAGCUGAUCUAUAACAUUAACAUGAAAACAUUUACAUCAGAACUCAGGCUUACCGAGGUAACCGUGGUGCUAAACAGAUCCCUGAAAACACAAAACAUUCCUCUAAUGUUCUUCUAAUGUUACUGUUGAACCUCCCAAACAUAUACAUUUUAUACUCACAUUCCUCACGUUCCUCUGACGUUCGACUACCGCUGCUCAAACAUUCCCCUAACGCUCCUCAAAGGUUGCCCCAAUUUCCACUGAAGAACCAUGUUUUUUUACUAAAGUACCUCUAAAGUUCCACUAUGGUUCCCUCAAGGUUCCCAUAAAGUUUUUGUAAGUGUCCACUGAAAAUCCCCAAACAUAAGCCAAAGAUUCCCUUAAAGUUCUUCUAAGGUUCCUCUAAGGUCCACCUAGCAUUCUGUCAAAGUGGUCUCAAAGUGGUCAAAGUGGUCUCAAAGUGGUUUUGCCCAAUGGUCCCCUCAUUCCCCCCUUGGUUCCUCUAAGGUUCCCUAAAGGUUCCUCUAACAUUCCACCAAGAUUACCUAUAGUUUAUUUAAGGUGCCACUACAUUUUCUUAAUUCAACCAAACAUCCUGUAACAACAUCUUCUAAGGUUCUUCUAAGGUUUUCUUAGGGUUCUGUUAAGGUACUCACAAUGUUCCAGCGUGGUAUCCCCUAAAUCUUCCCUAGGUUCCUCCAAGGUUCCCCAAAGGUUCCUCUAACAUUCAACCAGCCCAGUUCUGCUGUCUGAAAUGUUUCCAACGAUCAAUAAGUCAAUCAGUUUAGUGUUUUUCUAUAACCAGCCUGUUGUCAUUUAACUACUUAUUAACCACACAGAAGUAUUAAUAACUGUAACAGCAACCUUAAACAAAAUCAACAGACUGAUCAGACAGUUUGAAACCAGCCCAGUCGAGUUCAACACUGAGUGACUGACGAUUAAUUGAUAGAUUGAUUAUACGAAUAAAUGACACGUAAUGGUGAAGAGUCAGUGUGUAUAAAGCAAGUAGUCCGACCUCAGUGAAAUGUAUCUGUCUUAGGGCAGCCUGUGUGAUUUAUUAAUGUGUAUUUCCACGUGUAUGUAAAUUUUGAAGGCCCAGGAUAAACAGAGUUAAAGCCUCAUCGAGGUCUGGACUCCACAGACCUCUGAAGGUGUACAUGCUGCAGUCCAGACACUGACGUUUACUGCUGAUUUUCAAACUGUUUCACUUUGUUGUUUAAGUUUAAAGUUGAUGUCUUUCUUUUAUUUUAAUGAAAAAAGAAACUUUCUGCUGCCAAAGAACAUUUCCUGCUUAACUCGUGUUACCUGUCAGACUACCAAUCAUCCAUUAGGUGUGUGAAAUCAUCUGAACUUUGAAAAAUAAAGGAUUAAAUGUAACCAGC